AGUCUGUCCUUGUUGAGCGCGGGCGACACAUUGGUUAACAACAGCCUGUGGAAGAAGAAAUUAUGACUGAACCGUUUUUGCAAGGAUAAGACCUGUUUUUUAGUAGAGAACCCUAGAAUUGACACCGAAAGGUGGAUUGGAGAGGCAAACAACCGUUAAACACCGAACUCUAAAGCGUCCUGAGAAAUUGAUUGUGUAGGAGCUUCGCCUUGAACGCCGCCGAAGGCUCUAUCAUCAAUCUCUCCAGGCGUUUGGCACCAAUAAAUCUGGCAGCUAUAGGACAGUUACACGAAACAAACGGCUUGGGUUACUUAGACAACAUUUUAUGAGCGGUGAGCACUUAUAUCACUGUAGCAUAUGGAUAUGGUGUGGACGGAUAGGGGCUGUGAAAACUGAUGGGACUUGGUCCAAAAGUGCAACUGUUUGAUUGCGCCGGCUGGAACUGGGGCAGUGAAUGUUCCCAGUAAGCCACGCAUGGACUUGUCAACAGAAAGACGAUCAACCAACGCAUCCUUUUGUUGUGGUAGAAAAAUUGUUCCACAUUGUAGCUUAUUGCAACAAUAAAAAAACAACCAUCAUUUAUGAGAAUUCAGGCGAGGUAUUUAAACUGGAUCCCAGUUCGUCUAAUUAGGGGAUCCUAUCGACUACGGAUUUGAUUCAUCGCUUUCAAAGACAACCCACUGCUCCCCUGAAAGGGACAAGAUGCCGUUCCACCAUGUGACGGCAGGGCUGCUGUACAAGGGGAACUAUCUGAGUCACUCUCUGUCUGAGGACAACGACUGUGACCAGAUGGCCAGCAUCUCUGAGGAGGAGCUAAACGAGAUCCGGGAGGCAUUCAGGGUGUUGGACCGGGAUGGGAACGGGUUCAUCUCCAAGCAGGAGCUGGGCAUGGCCAUGAGGUCUCUGGGAUACAUGCCCAGUGAGGUGGAGCUGGCCAUCAUCAUGCAGAGACUAGACAUGGAUGGAGACGGGCAGGUAGACUUCGACGAGUUCAUGACGAUCCUGGGACCCAAGCUCCUGUCUUCUGAAACCAGGGAGGGCUUCCUGGGGAGCACAAUAGACAGUAUAUUCUGGCAGUUUGACAUGCAGCGCAUCACCCUUGAGGAGCUGAAACACAUCCUGUUCCACGCCUUCAGAGACCAUCUGACCAUGAAGGACAUCGAGAACAUCAUCAUCAACGAGGAGGAGAGCCUCAACGAGAACUCGGGACACUGUCAGGCAGACUUUGAAGGAAUCCAUUCUAAAAAUAAGAAUCGGCAGACGUGUGUGAGGAAGAGUCUGAUCUGCGCCUUUGCCAUGGCCUUCAUCAUCAGCGUCAUGCUCAUCGCGGCCAAUCAGAUGCUGCGGAACGGCCUGGAGUAGCCACACCCAGCCACGCCCACUGUGAGCGGGAAAAACUAACCUGCAUGUGCAUGAUGAAAGUGGGUGAGGUCAUUUCCUGUUUCUUUAGAAAGAAAAAAAAAAAGACUUCAAAAAUGCCUCACUGAUGGUGACAAAAAAAAACAGAAAACACUGAAUGAUAAACCAUCAGAUUUUUCUGAGUGGAUGACAGUCUGACGUCCACCGACACUGAGAAGCCAGCAUGAGGAGUCCAGCGAGACCCCUCAUAACCCCAUUACUCUGGCAGGGACAUUCAAGGGCUGACUUUCGCUUACUCUGCUGUCUCUGUUCCCUAAUGCAAUAAAGACACAAGUACAGGAGUUCAGUACUCUUCCUCUCUUCCCCACCCAGAGUCUUCAUAUGAAGGUACCUUGGAAUUCAAUUUGAACUUCUUGCCUCAGAAGGCAGAAUCAUGGUGGAUUGAGACAUGCCCUCAGUGUAUUUGUACAAGGCAGCAUCCUUGUGGAUUGAGACAUACCCUCAAUUGGAUCUGUGUGAGAGAGAAUGGAGCUGUGCCUCCUGCAGUGCAGAGAGCCUGAUUAGUUACAGGGCACACCGCUGCAGUCUGGCUACGCACAUACACUCUUACGCACGCAUCUACGCAUGUACUUCCACACACACAAACACACACACACACAAUAAUUGGCCUGUUAUUCUAGUUUCCUGAGGGCGGGUGGAAGCCAGCUCACCGCUGGAGCAUACAGUGAAGCUCUGGAUGCGACAGGCAUGAUGGUGCCGUCUGCUGUAAGGCUGUCCAGAGUUCCGGAGUGAAAUCAGUGGGUAUUCCUGUGCCCAAAUUCCUCACUGUUACUGUAUCUGUGUACAUUCCCAGUGCUAAACAGAACAGUGUUUGAAAGACCAUAGCUGUGAAAAGUCUGGGCUGUACUGUACCUAUGAUCUAAUUCCUCUUGAGGUAGGUAUGCCUGAACUCCUGUAUUGUAUUGACUCUCAUGGUAAUAUAUAAACCACCUACAGUUUUGCUGAAGACUGCUUGUAAUAGCUACAGUACUGCAUGUGAUCAAGUCUACGUCGAUAUGUAAAUAUGUAUGUAACCCAUGUUGUUGUCUACGUGUAUAGGGUGACGGUGUUCUACUCUGUAUGUGCAUGAUUGUUGGUACACUCUACUCCUGCAGAUUUAGAGGUGGAGGGAAGGAGAGAGCACUGUGAAACCAGAGGCUGCUGCCUUCCAAAUCACAAUACACAGGCAGGCAGGCAGAUAGACAGACAGACACAAAGCUCUCUAUGUUCCCCUCACCCUCUGGCCAAAGCCAUAGAACUUAAUAGAGAUGUACUGACUGAAGAACACUAAAUGGUUGUUGUUGUUUUCUGUUACAAAUGUGUAUUUUCAGUAGGAACAGUCCAUCCUUUGUGCAUGUUGUUGGGUUCCUUCACCCACCCUUUUGCGCUGUACAAUCAUUUCCACCUAUCCCCAUGAGCAGAACAGAGAGUAGAAUCACAGACUGGUGUAAGAGCCCCAUCUAGAGGUUGGCUCAAAAAUUCUGAUAUUUUUUUGUAACACAGUGUGCUCCCCUAGCUCUGGUCCAAAUGCAGCCUGCAAACAUUGAUAAAAACAGUGUGCAGGUGAGGUUGGAAGGCCAAAAGGGCUUAUAUGAAAACCACACCACAAAUAUAAGUACAAAAAUAUAAGUUUGUUCAAUCAGUUAAACAAAGCAUAUUAAUUAUGACUGUACAUGAUCAACUCAGUAUACAAGAAAAUGUGUGUGUGUGUGUGUGUGUGUGUGUGUGUGUGUGUGUGUGUGUGUGUGUAUAAGAAAGAGAGUGAGUGAGGCUAUUUAGAGGGGAUUAUUGGAUAGUUUGGUUCAUCAGGCUGACCCCCAGUCUUCGCUUGAAGUUGAUGAGGUUUUGGCAAUGUGAAGAUAAGAAUUCCAGAGUAUAGUACAUCUGUAUCUGAUAGAGAAUUUACUAUGUGGGGAGGGUGGAUUAUUAUUAUUGUAGUGGCUUGUGUUAAAUAGAUGGAUUUCAGAAUUACCUGGAAGAAUCCAUUGAAGGGUUUAGGUAAACUUUCUGGGAGGUAUGAGUAUUUGAAGAUGAAAGUGCAUAAUUGGCGUACAUUAAUGUCGUAAAUAGACAAGAUAUUGAGUUUCUUAAACAAAGGUGCAGAUGGAGUCAGAGGAUGUGGCUAGUCUUGCAAAAUCUAUUUGUAUGAUGAGUCAUUUGUGUAGGUAGGAGGCAUCAGGUGCAUUCGGAAAGUAUUCAGACCCUUUGACUUUUUUCACAUUUUGUUACGUUACAGACUUAUUCUAAAAUUGAUUAAAUUGUUUUGUUUUUUCCUCAUCAAUAUACACACGACCCCAUAAUGACAAAGCAAAAACAUGUAUUUUUUUUUUUUGCAAAUGUAUUAAAAACAUUUACAUAAGUAUUCAGUAUUCAUUCAGCUAUUUUCAGGUCUCUCCAGAGAUGUUCGAUCGGGUUCAAGUCCGGGCUCUGGCUGGGCCACUCAAGGACAUUCAAUGACUCGUCCCCAAGCCACUCCUGCGUUGUCUUGGCUGUGUUUUAGGGUCAUUGUCCUGUUGGAAGGUGAACCUUCACCCCAGUCUGAGGUCCUGAGGACACUGGAGCAGGUUUUCUUCAAGGAUCUCUCUGCGCAUUGCUCGAUUCAUCUUUCCCUUGAUCCUGACUAGUCUCCCAGUCCCUGCCGCUGAAAAACAUCCCCACAGCAUGAUGCUGCCACCACCAUGCUUCACUGUAGGGAUGGUACCAGGUUACACCCAGACGUGACACUUGGCAUUCAGGCCAAAUAGUUCAAUUUUGAUUACAUCAGACCAGAGAAAUCUUGUUUCUCAUUGUCUGAGAGUCCUUUAGGUGCCUUUUGGCAAACUCUAAGCUGGAACUCUGGAGCUCUGUCAGAGAGACCAUCAGGUUCUUGGUCACCUUCCUGACCAAUGCCCUCCCCUGAUUGCUCCUUUUGGCCGAGUGGCCAGCUCUAGGAAGAGUCUAGGUGGUUCGAAACUUCUUCCAUUUAAGAAUGAUUGGAGGCCACUGUGUUCUUGGGAGCAUUAAUGCUACAGAAAUGUUGUGACACUGUUACAGGAAUUAAAUUCCUCUGUUUUAAUAACCAAUUAAAAUUAAUCACUCUGUCAAUUCAUAAGAGGUUGUAAGACCCUUAUUGGUAUAAAAUGGACAGAGACCAGCCUUUGAAAUCAACCAGCUGCGUUUAUUCUCGUGAGUACUGCCCAUUACACAUUUUACCACAGGUUAUAAACUGAAAAUGACGUCAUUAGUUUCAGUACUAGCCCAUGUCAUCUCCGCUGUAGUACAAUGGCUGUAUGGUUCUCACAUGUCUCUCCCUAUUUAAGAUAAUAUAUGACUGCGCCAAGGUCAUGCUUGUGUAGAUAAGCCUUCUAGCCAGACUGGCUAUAAGUUCAUUCAUUUCUACCAUGGCACAGACAGUCAUUGUUCUAAUUCUUGAUUAUAUUUACACACAUUAUAUUCAGUACUAGGAUUAAAAAGAAAAUUCAUACAUAUACAGUAACAUAAUAGUAUUCUGAUUAGUACAUAUACAGUAACAUAAUAGUAUUCUGAUUAGUCAGUCCUGAUUGAAAUGUAUACAUAAUUAGUCAUCAUUGAUAAAAAUUCCCUUAACAGGCACCCUUCCCCAGAUCUGUGCUUCGACACAAUCCUGUCUUGGCGCUCAACAGAUAAUUGCUUUUAGCUCAUUGCUUGGUUUUUGCUCUGACAUGCACUGUUAACUGUGGGACCUUGUGUUCCAAAUCAUGUCCAAUCAAUUGAAUUUACCACAGGUGGAAUCCAAUCAAGUUGUAGAAACAUCUCAAGGUUGAUCAAUGGAAACCGGAUGCACCUGAGCUCAGUUUGGAGUCUCAUAGUAAAGGGUCUGAAUACUGAUGUAAGUAAGGUAUUUCUGGUUUUUGUUUUUUUGUACAAAAAAAAUUCUACAUGUUGUCGCUUUGUCAUUAUGGGGUAUUGUGUGCAAACUGAUGAGGAAAAGGCUGUAAUGUACCAAAAUGUGGAAAUAGUCAAGGGGUCUGAAAACUUUCCAAAUGCACUGUAUGUACUGGCCCAGACAAUGGGAUAUGGUUGAAUUAAGCUAUACUGUACAUGAAAGGUAUGUGGAAAUGUCAGGUGAAUAAUCGAUGCCUUGUAUUGAGAUGUAUGAUCAUCAAAACAUGAAAUGAUGAAAAAUAAUAUUAUCAUUCUUCCCUAUUCUACCUGUAUAGAAGGUUUUAUGAAAUGAUGAAUGUUCUACCUAAAUGAUUGUUGGUUCGAUUAACUGCACUGUUUGUGGGACAUAGAUAGGAGUCUUUUAUUGGAAUUCUGUAUGUCUUGCCCAUGGCAGAAAAUCUCCUUUCUUUUCACCUUGAAGAGGUUUGCAUUAAAGUAUGAUCAAUGAACGUCCCCAUUCAUUUUAUCAUCAUGUUUGGACGGAUGGCUCCUCUGUGAAGUUUCCAAGUUUGUUUUAUGAUGUCAAAGUAAAAGCACUGAUUUGUGUGCAAUAUCAUCUUGCAACAGUAGGCUACACAGGAUUUAAUAUUGUUGAGACCACCAAUUUAAGCUUACUGGGUGCAAAUUCUCACCUCAUUCAUUAUAUAAUGUAUUCUGUCAAACUGGAGUUUGUUCCUUAUUUAGCUGUUUUGAGCUGUCACCCUUGUCUCCUCAUUAAUGGCACCCUAAUACACAUGUUGUGCACUAAUAUUGACCAGGGUCCAUGGGGCUCUAGUCAAAGUAGUGCACUAUAGAGGGAAUAGUGUGUCAUUUGGGACACUACCCUGCCCUAACCCCACAAUACACUGUAAUACCAGGGUAUAGUCUGAACCUUGUGUUGAUGAAUAAAUAAAUACAUGUUAGCCCACAUAAAAGGCUCUGGCCUGGGUAUUCUAUACUGUUACAGGGGAUGGAGCUGUACCUGCCAUCACAGAAUCAGUGCAUGUCUUGAUCAUUAAAACUGGUGGUGAAUGAGACUGGAAAACUAACAGUCUCACUUCAGUAGCAUGGUGUUUGAAUUGCACAUGUAUGUGCUGUAUGGACACUACAUAAAAUACAUAGAUAUACACAGUGCUUCAUUUGAGCCGGAUCCUGCCGGAACACCUCUCCAUUUUGGACUGUUUUUUUCCGGAAACUAUUUGGCCGGAUCUGGUACCUAUUGUGGCAUGAAAAUGUACAAGAAGUACAAUGUAAAAAUUAUAAUGAAAGUUCAUUCGAGUUGCUUCUUCGUUAAUUCUCGGAAUGUUGCUCAAACCAUUCUUAUGGUUUGAGCAACAUUGUAACCUUUGUUUGAGCCCAACGCCAGGCGGUGGCUGUGUGAGAAGCGCGCCAUCAUCUCUCACAUAACUGGAAUGAGAUUCACUUUGUAUGAUCUCUCUCCCUCUCAGUUCUGAUAGACAUGAGCCUGGAACUCUCAUCUCUCCGUUGCACAUCAUCGUGUAUUUCCUUAUAGAAUCAUAGCCGCGCGAAGGGUUCUGAAGGAACUGCAGCAGCCUACAGUCGGGAACGCGCGCCAAUAUGUCAGUGAAAAAACAGUACGCAGACCAAACAGGCCUUUCGUAAUAUGUCAAAUACAAUCGAGGUAAAACACAGGUUGGGGAGCAAAUGGUUCCUGCAGAAAAGAUACGACUCUAUGCUGUAGGUUACAAACAUAUUUUAUAAAUUUCCAAAUAAUGUUCUACAAAAGAGAGCGAAAGGGAGAGAGGCUUUUGGCACGCGCUGCGCAUCAUUGGGUGAGUCAGUGAAACUGGAAAUCAUUUUUAGGACUAUAAUUUCUUCCUCAUACUGUAGCCUACAAUAUGUAUCUACACACCUAGGCCUAGGCUAUUGAUGGAUUCAAGACAAUGUCGUUUUUAUUCAUCUCAGUUUGUCAGUGUCAGUAGCUUGCCAUUUCGAUCAUUUGUGCGGUAUUAAAAAAUAUUCUGCCAAAGUCUACAGUCAUGGACCCUAAAAAUACUCCCCAUGUGUGCAACUUCUGUAAGUGCCUCUACUCUACUGCUCUAUGCUACUACGCAAAUGCGAUGAUAUGCAUGCAAUGCUUUAUUAUAAAGGUGAUUUCUUUACUCAUGCGUUCCGGUACCUCAGAACUCCCCAGGUCACCCCCUCUCACGCUCACAUUUUGUUCCGGCACCUCCCGAUUUACAAAUUAAGCACUGGAAUACAGUACAUACAUAUACACAUGUAAACUGUGCAUGCACACCAUUAAAACAUGUAGGGGCAGUUUCCCGGACACACAUUAAGCCUUGUGCUGGACUAAAUAGCAAGAUCAAUGGAAAAUCUCAAUUGAAAGUGCUUUUUAGUCCAGAUUUAAGUUGUAUUAUUAAUAAUAGCCUGAAUAUUGUAUCUGUAAAUACUGAAAUCGGUACAAAAGUAAAUGGAAAGCAUUUAUGCAAUAAAACAUCUCUUUUUUUUGUAAAUUUUGCUGUAUCUCAUUGUCUUCCAUCAGAUACGACUAGUGUUGUUUAGGAGACCACAAAAUUGAGGUAUAAGCCAGUACAUCAGUAUGCUGUAAACCUGGUUGUAAAUUAUAGAUCAGCGCCCAUAUUUACAAAGCAUCUCGGCGUAGGAGUGCCGAUCCCUGUCCAGGUAAUAUAAAAGGCAAAACUGAUCCUAGUUACUAGGUCAGACAACUGUUAUGGAACUGAUUACACAGCCUACUGUUGCACUAUACUCGCUGAGUAGGGGCCCUAGGCGCAAGCCUAAUUGUUCUGUAACCUCAAUAGGUGUGUGCAUUAACAUGGAAGUAUGAGUGUGCGAACCUUGUUGGGUGUGUGUGUGAACCGGAGGGCAGCGGCCUUGCUUACCGGGGAUCAACGGGGAUAGAUAGCUCUGGCGUGACUCCGUGGUCGGGCCAGCACAAGCGGGUGGUUGAUGUUUAAAUUGGUGUCAAAUAAAUAAAACAAAAAAAUGGCAUUUCAAACGAAAUGUACAAAAUAAAAUAGGCAGUCGAGAGCACUCUCCUUCAGCUCGCUAGCUCCCUCAUUGUUAUUCAUGAUCUAAAAGUUAGAACUGAUCCUAGACCAAAAUAGAAGUGCUGAUCUGGGAUCAAGUCCCUCUGUCCAUGCAAUCUUCGUUAUGAUCUAAAUAAGACUAAACUGAUCCUAGGUCAGCACUCCUGUUCUGAGACGCUUUAUGAAUACGGGCCUCGACUGCCUCCUUGUUUUUAAUGGCUGCCUCCUCUACUCCCACAGACACACUACAUAGUGAAUGUGAUUGUUCCAUUCAUACCUCAGACGCAUUCUCAUGGCUCUGCUAGCAGAUUCCUCCGCUGAUGCUAGCCAGCUGGGAUAAAGCUGAAUGGGAAAAAGGGACUGUCUCUUUUGAAAUUAAUUUUAAAUGAUUUUUUGAUGCUCUCAUUGACAGUGAAAUAUAUAUAUUUUAACAACAGUAAAUAAAUAGAGUACUAACAAAGGUCGCAGUUGUAAAUGAGAACUUGUUCUCAACUGGCCUACCUGGUUAAAUAAAGGUGAAAUAAAAAAAAUAAAAAAA